AUGAGCUACACCAUCCCAGGCGGAUGCUACUGCGGCAGAAUCCGCUAUGAAAUCACGCUAGACGACCCGGACAAGGAGGCCCGCACUUCCAUCUGCCACUGCGGCAACUGCAAGAAGUUCACCGGCGGGAACUUUGGGAUCACGAGCAAGAUCCCGAGAUCCAGCUUCCAGAUAACUCAGGGUCAUGAUUCCGUCAAGGUCCACGAGGAGGGCAACGGGACGGGCACGAUCUUGCAUAGAGAGUUUUGUAAGGAAUGUGGGAGCGGCCUUUUGGAGUAUGGUAACAUUGUCAGCGGCGCUUCGAUUAACGCUGAAUACGACCAGGCAAAUGCAGGAGAUUUCGUCUACGUCUUUUACGGCACGCUCGACCAUCCGACAGACCUGCCGCCGAAGGGCGAGUUUUUCACCAGUAGGCGGGAUUCGUGGAUGCCGGAGAUCCCUGGAUUGUUCCAGAAGAAGAAAAUCAAGGAGUAA